AUGAAAAAAUAUUUAUCAGAAGAAAAUAAGUUAAAAAUAACAAUAAGGAAAGAUUAUUUUGAAAGAGAAAAUAUUAAAACGAAGAUAUUAAAUAACAUAAAUAGAUUAACCCAUUUAUGCUUAGACGAAAAAAAGGAUCUACCAAAAAAUGAGUCCAAAAAAAGAGGGUCCAGAAAUGAAAACUUGGAAAAUUGUCCAAACUUUGAAAUAGAAAAGCGACCUAAGCUAAAUGAAGAUGAAACAACUGUAACUCGAAAUAAAAGAUUGUUACAAAAUUUUUUAUUUGAUCAUCUAAAAAAAGCAAAGGAUGCUUUAGAAGAUGAAAAAACUAAUAAAACGAUUAUAAUGCAACAGACUCAAAAUAAAAGAGUAGAAGCAAAAUUAUUAGAAGAAAAAAAAAAAAUCGAAAAAAAUGAAAUAUUUGAUAUAGAAAAAAAAACAAAUGUACUUAUUAAUGAUAUUAAAAUGAUAGAAAAAAAUAUAAAAAAAAAUGAAGGGAAAUUUAUGAAAAUGUCAUUAAUUAAUCAUUAUGAUAAAAUGAAAAAUUUUAUUAGUACUAAUACAUCUCCAACUAUUUUUUGGUCCCCAUUAAAAUUCAAUGAAAAAAUGAAGACAUUACAAAAAGCUACACAUGAAUUUAUAAAUAAAAAAAUUGAGGAAAUAGAAUUGGCCAAUUAUGAGGUGGAAUUUGAGGAAGAACACUGGGUCAAGGAAUUUCAAAACUUGACGGAAAUUAUAAAAAGAAAAUCGCUCGAAAAUGGGGAGGGAAAAAAUGAGGAAAGUGAAAAAAAUGAUGAAAAAAGUGAGGAAAAAAGUGAGGGAAAAAAUGAGGAAAAAGAAGAUGAAGAAGAAGAUGAAAAAAGUGAGGGAAAAAAUGAUGAAGAAAAUGAUGAAAAAAAUGAUGAAAAAAAUGAUGAAGAAAAUGAUGAAGAAGAAGAUGAAAAAAAUGAUGAAGAAAAUGAUGAAGAAAAUGAUGAAGAAGAAGAUGAAAAAAAUGAUAAAAAAAAUGAUGAAGAAGAAGAUAAAAAAAAUGAUGAAGAAGAUGAAAAAAAUGAAGAAGUGAAUUAA